GAGGAGAAGGAAAAGGAGGAAAAAAGUUAGCGAGACGACUGGUGUAUAAACAAAAGCGGCAAAAGCGUUGGUUACCAAGACGGACUGACAGAUAGACAGACGGGGAAACAGGCGAGCUGUCUAGCUGUCUGGCUGGCUGGCUGUCUGGCCCUCUGAGACAGAGAGAGAGAGAGAGAGAGGGAGAGAGAGAGACUGAGAGAUAGAGAGAAGGUGAGAAAGUGAGAGAAAAGGAGAGAGCGAGCGAGAGAGAGAGAGAGAGAGAAAAAAAAAAUAAGAGAGUCGAGACAGAAACACGUUCUGGAGAACCAUGGCAUGUUGGAGUUUAUGCUUACUGUGCAUUGGAAUGUCCCUUUUUUCAUUAACUCAAGAAUCUGUAUCGGCCCCGAUCAGUGGAUCAAGAAGUCACAUGUUAUACAACUCCCCAACCAGUGAAGCUAGAGGCAGUCACAAUACCCACGGUGGCAGGUCAAAAAGUCGCCGAUAUUACUUGAAGUUUUCACAUCAUUUGAAUAAAGUUCAACCGGUGAUGUCAUCCAAUAUAAAACCGCACCGCAAUCCGGGUCUCAGAAUUGUUGUCGGUGAGCCUGUAAACGAUAUAUCCGAAGCGAAACUCUAUCAUCUGUUGCCUUACGAAGCUGUAGAAAAUACGAACACACCCGAAAGGCAAGCGUACAAGUUCAAAGUCUUCUAUGGCUCCAAGUUUGUACCGCAUAAGAAGAAAACGGCGCUGCACCGGAGGACUAGGAACAAAACAAAACUUCCUUCUUUGAAACGCAUGCAUUCUUAUCAGUAGACGGUGGAAUGGAGGCGCAAGAGUGCUGGUGGGUGUAGUGAUGUGAGUGGGGAAAGUGGCUGGAGGUGUAUGAGAGGGGGAGGAAAGUAAAAGAAGCAGAGAUUGUGUUAGUAGUGAUAGUGAUGGACGAAAAUAUUAAAAAGAAAAGAUGGAAGAGUAUGCAUGUAAAAAGGGAAGAGAGGGGGAGAGGAGAGAGGAGACAGGUGUGGGCAGAAAGCAAUAAUGAAUGCAAGAAUAUGA